UGUGAUUGAGAACCAACGGAGUCAUGCAGUUUCAACGUCUCUCCAUCCUGGUCCUGGCAGCGACUGUCCUCGCCAUAACUGAGGCUGUUCCUAAAGGUUACGGCACAGGUUACGGUGGAGGUUACGGUGGAGGAUACGGUGGAGGAUACGGCACAGGAUACGGUGGAAGUAAAGGUGGAAGUCACGGUACAGGUUAUGGAACUGGGUAUGGAACGGGUUAUGGAACUGGGUAUGGAACGGGUUACGGUUCAACCUAUGGUGAUACUUCAUACGGAAGCAAAGAUGGUUAUAAUUCAGGAUACGGUAAAGGUCACAGUUCAGGAUACAAAGGUUACGGUUCAACCUACGGUGAUGAUGGAUACAAAGAUUCUGAUGGAUAUGGUACAGGGUACGGUGGUGAUGGAUACAAAUCUUCUGAUGGAUAUGGUACAGGGUACGGUGGUGAUGCAUACUAUAAUAAAUGUAAGUACUGACGUCGAUCAAAGGGUAGGGAUGACACAAAGGA